GGGCUUUCCUCGGGCGGAGCGCGCAUCGGUGCGCCCCAGCUAUGGAGUGUCCCAGGAGACGACGGGCAUGACGGCGGCAGGAUGGGCGCGAACAAUGGCAAACAGUACGGCAGUGAGGGCAAAGGCAGCUCAAGCAUCUCAUCCGACGUGAGUUCAAGUACAGAUCACACACCCACCCAAGCCCAGAAGAAUGUGGCUACCAGUGAAGACUCCGACCUGAGCAUGCGCACACUGAGCACGCCCAGCCCAGCCCUGAUAUGUCCACCGAACCUGCCCGGAUUUCAGAAUGGAAGGGGUUCGUCCACCUCCUCAUCCUCCAUCACCGGAGAGACUGUGGCCCUGGUCCACUCCCCGCCCCCGACCCGCCUCACCCACCCUCUCAUCCGGCUGGCCUCCAAACCCCAGAAGGAGCAGGCCAGCAUAGAGCGGCUCCCGGACCACUCCAUGGUCCAGAUCUUCUCCUUCCUGCCCACCAACCAGCUGUGCCGCUGCGCCCGCGUGUGCCGCCGCUGGUACAACCUGGCCUGGGACCCGCGCCUCUGGAGGACUAUCCGCCUGACGGGCGAGACCAUCAACGUGGACCGCGCCCUCAAGGUGCUGACCCGCAGGCUGUGCCAGGACACACCCAACGUCUGUCUCAUGCUGGAAACCGUAACUGUCAGUGGCUGCCGGCGGCUCACGGACAGAGGGCUUUACACCAUUGCCCAGUGCUGCCCAGAACUGAGGCGCCUGGAAGUCUCAGGCUGCUACAAUAUCUCCAACGAGGCUGUCUUUGACGUGGUGUCCCUCUGCCCCAACCUGGAGCACCUGGAUGUGUCAGGGUGCUCCAAAGUGACCUGCAUCAGCUUGACCCGGGAGGCCUCCAUUAAACUGUCCCCCUUGCAUGGUAAACAGAUUUCCAUCCGCUACCUGGACAUGACCGACUGCUUUGUGCUGGAGGACGAGGGCCUGCACACCAUCGCGGCACACUGCACUCAGCUGACCCACCUGUACCUGCGCCGUUGCGUCCGCCUCACCGACGAGGGCCUCCGCUACCUGAUGAUCUACUGCACGUCCAUCAAGGAGCUGAGCGUCAGCGACUGUCGCUUCGUCAGCGACUUUGGCCUGCGGGAGAUCGCCAAGCUGGAGUCCCGCCUGCGGUACCUCAGCAUCGCGCACUGUGGCCGCGUCACCGACGUGGGCAUCCGCUAUGUCGCCAAGUACUGCAGCAAGCUGCGCUACCUCAACGCGAGGGGCUGCGAGGGCAUAACGGACCACGGCGUGGAGUACCUUGCCAAGAACUGCACCAAACUCAAGUCCCUGGACAUCGGCAAGUGCCCUCUGGUCUCUGACACGGGGCUGGAGUGCCUAGCCCUGAACUGCUUCAAUCUCAAGCGGCUCAGCCUCAAGUCCUGCGAGAGCAUCACGGGCCAAGGCCUGCAGAUCGUGGCGGCCAACUGCUUCGAUCUCCAGCUGCUCAACGUCCAGGACUGCGAGGUGUCGGUGGAGGCCUUGCGGUUCGUGAAGCGCCACUGCAAGCGCUGCGUCAUCGAGCACACCAACCCUGCCUUCUUCUGAAGGGACAGCUCCUACCCGGCGCUGUUUUCAGACAAACAUGAACGAAGCGAAAUGUGUUUUUCUAAAGCAGCAUAUGUAAGCACCAACACCCACUCAUAACAGCUCUUUCUUCCAGGAAGGUUCUUAGGCAUCUGGCUUUUAUUUUUUCUAAUUGCCCGGGGCAGCAGAGGUCAUGGAAAGGAAGGGGCUGGGGUGGGCAGGGUAAAGUUCUGUUACAGUAAACGGUGUUAUUGUUCGGGUCAUUUGCAGGCAGUUUCUGUUCACACCACAGAUGUACCUCAGACAGCUGAUUCCAUAUUGUUGGAGACACCCUGUUCUGUCUCCGUUUCCUCCUGACCACAUUUCUGGGGUUCUAUACCCCAUCCCCUAUUCCCCCAUCCCUCUGCCUCCAACAGCAGCAUCAUCAGAUCAUCAGAAUAAUUCCACCCAUACCUUCCCCUCCUCCUUAUGCUCAAUUGGCCUAAACCACAUGCCUCAAUCCUACAUCCCAGCAAAUUCUUAUUAAAUUCAUGUCACCGCACCUGGUAGAUACAAAGUACUUUGAAACCUUGUAAAAGAAUCUCUUUCAACAAGCAGCACAGUGGAGGGGAGACCUGCAAUCCACCACUGACCAGCUCUGUGAUCUUGGACAAAAUAUUUGACCACUCUGGGCUCUAGUUUCCAGCAUUAAAUCAGAGACCAUCCAGCCCAAGAGUUUUAGCUUGAUGCCCAUUUCAGAACUGAGGGAACUGAGAUGUUGAUAAACGAAAGUACCUUGGCAUAGAGCACACAGGGCAUCUACUACCUCCUCCAAGAGUGCAAUUUCUAGGGAUGCUUUCAGGAGAUUCAGAAGUGCCAACAGCAGUGUCCUGCAUGUCCUUCACUCCAACCUGAGUAUCACUUCCAUCCCCGGUUGUUUGGGUGGGCGAGUCUCUUGGGCAUCUCCCGCUCUGCUACAGCAGCCCACUUAAUACCACCAUGAAAUCCCUAAUCCCAGCAAAGCCCAUACCCUCCAGUCAAGCUCAUCUUUCAAAUGGAGAGUUUUCAAAUGGAGGGAAAACUCUCAUGAUUUUUAACUAAGAAGCAAGGCCCCAAAGAGCACAGUCCUGUAAGGGUUUCCUGAUUCCUCUCCAUGCACACGAGGUCUGCAGCGUGCACAUCUGCCCUGCAGCUGACAGGAACAGACACCUCGGUUCAUUGUCAUUGCGAUCACAUUUCUACUUUUCUCAUCUAUUUAUUUUUUUGUGCACCCAGACUUCAUCACAUAAAGCCUGUUGGGGCUAAGUCAUAACGUUUAAUUGUGCAGACUGCCACUUUGUGUGCCUUCCCCUGUGGCUGUCUGCAUGUUCUCUGUCAGAGAAUGCAGGGCAGGCUUCCAGGUGUUCAAAUACUGUUCGCUCGGAAAUGCCAGACCAAUGGAAGAGGGAACACAUUGAUAGAGCUUAGGCGCUGGUUUACCAGCCAGAGCCCUGGAAUAGAGCAUUAAAGUCAUUGCCAAGUAUGAAUUUUAAAGGUCCUAUUUGGAUAGCAAUCCAUUUGCUAGCCUCAUUCAAGUGAAAUCGGGAUGCCAGAAGAAAUUCCAUUGCAUAUUUUCAUCAAAUUGAGUUGCCUUUUUGUCAAUAAACACGUGACCUUCCCCAAAUUAUUCUGUGGCCACGCCCCUCAUUCUUCAGUGUUCAAAUCACCCAUCCUUUCUUUCUAAAAGCAUCCACCAUCCAAACCCAGAACCUCUGCAUCUCUAAGGCAAGCACAUGGAAUUCAUUUCAGACCAAGCUUGCACACCACUCGACAACUGCACACCCACUGUAGGCUCCCUGCGUUCCUUUGUCUUCUGUUGGGAAGGAGAUAGAGUGAGGUGGUGUCUGCCCAGGAGAUUUCUCUCAUGUAUCACGUGAAAUACGGUCUUCUCUCCAGUCAUCGUAAUCAACAAGUCAGAUGUGCAAUCAGGUCCACAGGGUGGGGGGAGGGGGGAGGUAAAUUGUUUGGAGACAGUAUCUAGUGAUAGCCAUAGAGUUUAGAAUCAUGAAAGGGGUUGAAGGUAGCAUUCCCCUGCUCUGUGACUUGUGACCUUGUCUAAAGCUUUAGAAUUUGAGAGUCACAGAGGAUUGUUCCUAACCCUUGGCACUGGGGGCUUCCAGGUGAGCAGCUUUCAUACUCCCAGAAUGAGAAGGGAGAUCCGAAAUGGUUCCCUGAAUCAGAGAAAGGGAGUCCUAUUGCAAGUAUUUUUAUCACCACCACCUGACCACAACAUCUACACUGUCUUCCAAACAGGAGACAAAGACAACUUUCACACUGAUUGCCCAGCACAUACUGUCUCCCACUUUCCCCCUUUCCCCCAAUCUUCCUUUCCAUUCUGCUUCCCCUUGGGCUGUGAAUCUCUGACAGAGGUUACUGGGGAAAUAGCUCAGAAGAUUUUUAGAGACCAAACAAAAGGCCUCACUAGGAAAUUUAUCUGUUUUAAAACAUUGCUUCCUUCCUGCCUCUGCUAAAUUGAAUGCUCAUUGUUUUUUUUAUCCUAAUGUUCAAAUCACUGCGUGCUGUAUGAAUCUAGAAAGCCUUAAUUUACUACCACCAAGAAAUAAAGCAAU